UAAACGUUUAUUUCUAUACAUUUUUAUUUAAUGGUUAAAUUCUCCGGUGGCGGAACUCAAAUUCGGAUUUGUUUACCUGCGGAAUGUUUUUAGUGUGACACAAACAGCUGCACAUGUGUUUCCUAGUGGAUUUCUUUAUGCUUUUCAAACACUAUUUCCUCAUGAACCCCCACCAGCACUGAAAUAUCAGAAGAAUGAAGCAAGCAGACCCACAGUGUGACAUAGAGAGACUUUAUCUGGAGGUGUCCAUUAUAAAUGGAUCCGCGUCUCUUCCCCUGCACACCUCCAUCGCCCUGUUCCUCCUUUCUUACACAGAGUGCUCAUCUUUUCACGUCUACCUGGUCACAGAUCAGCCUGACGCUCUGCAGUCUCUGUCAGGUCUGGUGCCCGAGGGUCUCGUUGUUGCCGAUGUACGGAAAGAGGAGCUGCCAGCUCUUGUUAGGUUGUGCCGCCUCCCUGCCGCAUUAGAGCCCGACGCCGGCUUCUGCAGAGCCGGUCUAGCUGUCGUACUGAGGCGCAUCAUUCAGAGGACGUGCCAGCUGACGCCAGGCCGCAGGGAUGUGGCAUCACUUUUGGGAUUCAAGAACACCUGUCUUAAAGCUUGUGCUGAGGUAAGUCAGUGGACCAGACUGUGUGAACUGGAGAUUCCCUCUUCGGUGGAGAAGCACUUAGAAAACCCUACAGAAGAGACGUUUCAACUUCCUGCUGCAAUCCUCAAUUUAGAGAAGAGAUUAGGUGAACCCGUCAAAGUCCACAAUGAUGACAAGAUACGCAGACAGAAGCUCCAACAACAAAGGAAUUCUUCUCCGAGUGAUUCCCAACUAAAUGGCCCCAACACUGAGAUAGGAGUGCAGGGGAAGGGCGAUGCACACGGUGUUGAACUCAGUGCUGCUCUGGCUAAACUCUCUGUGGACGCAGUUCCGUCCGUGUCCACCCGAGAGCGCUCCGACAUCAGGAAAGUCAGGAGCACAGAUCUGCCAGAGCUGGAGCAUGUGUUUGCAGAGGGACUGUACUUCACCCUUACUGAUGUUGUGCUGCUACCCUGCAUCCAUCAGUAUCUGAUCUCUCUCCAGAAGCACAACCCCCUCAUCCUCUCCCAUCUCCCCUUGCUGCUGAAGUGGUACCAGCGUGUACAGGAGCUCCCCAUUGUUUCGAGGGCCGCAAAGGAUUGUGGGAUGGCCCUUCUUAACCUCAGCACGACUGACCCCUGUCCUCUCCAACCAGAGUUCCCGAGACCCAGCGGAGCAGAGCAGGAAAGUCCAACCGUCAAGCAAGAGCCCUUCAUCGGGGGCCCAAGGCCAACUCUGACCAAGCUGCAAGAGAAUGGGAUAGAUGCCGUUUUCUCCCCCCACCCUUGCCCUUCAUGGACCAUAGACUGGGAGAGUUUACCUGCGGCCGUCAACCCAACUGAAGGCAAGAUGUCGGACGCCCGUGCCGUACGAAAACAACAGCAGCUCAACAAUCUGGUUGCCAUGGUAACAGAGAUGGCCCAGCCAGGCCAGACCGUGGUGGAUUUCUGCAGUGGGGGGGGCCACGUUGGAAUUGUUUUGGCGCACAUGCUUCCUAAAUGUCAGGUUAUUCUCAUUGAGAAUAAGGAAGAGUCGCUGGUCAGGGCGAGAGAAAGAUGCACACAGCUCGGGCUGACCAAUAUCGGCUUCAUCCAGACAAACCUCGAUUACUUCACUGGAAACUUCCAUAUUGGGGUGGCCUUGCAUGCGUGCGGAGUGGCUACAGAUAUGGUGAUGGACCGUUGCCUUCAAGCGAGGGCUGGAUUUGUGGUUAGUCCCUGCUGCUACGGAUUCAUUCAAAACACGCUCAAGUUCAACUUCCCCAAGAGUGCGAGGUUUGCUGAGACUUUAAGCUAUAAGGAGCACAUGAUCUUGUGCAGGUUCGCGGACCAGACAGCUGUCAGUUUACCCCUGGAACGGAGAUUAAUUGGUAAACGCUGUAUGGGACUGGUAGACCUGGACCGCAGCUGGGCCGCUGAGACUCAUGGGUAUUCUGUCAAGGUGAUGACCAUGGUCCCUGAGGGCUGCUCCCCAAAAAACAAUAUGCUGGUGGGAAAACCUGCAAGAUAGAGUGCAAUUGAAACAGCAAAACCUAACCUUUUAGACGUUGCGUUUUUUAUGAACUGUUUUUUUAAACACAUGUAUUUCUAUCACACAGAAACAGACAUGCAAUGCUAAAUAAAUCAUGGUUCAAUGUACUUGUACAAUUUAGUAGUUUUCUCAUGAACUCUUUAACUGUGGCUUUCUGUAAAGUUGUGAUCUGCCCUGAGUACGCAAAAAGCGCACUCCCCCUCAAUAAAUUAAACAUUGCUUCAAAUUUUGUUUGCAAAUUAAAGACACUGAAUGAUGUUAAAAGCCCUUUGCACCCUCUCUACCACGUUAUCGUGUAUUAUGCAGAGACAAAAGUGCCUGUGGAAGAGCCGCUUUUCAACAGUUAUUACAGAUGUAAAAUUAUUCAUUGUAAUCUGCUCUUCUCUCUCGCAAGAAAACCUGCGUAACAUUUCCGAGCCGCUUUGUCUUGGAAAUAUUUGAUUAAAAGAAUCAGAAGUAAACAACGGCAGGUAUUUAUCCCGAAUCCCUCGAGUCAAGGGUCAGGAGGAUCGGAGGGGUUAAUAUUUAUGAAACGGCGCAUGGGUGGAUUAAUCUGAGUGCGGUUAUGAAUAUUUAAUCGGGCUGCGACUCAAGAAAAUGUCAGCUCACAAGAUUCAUCUAGAUGCUACAGUACUUAGAUAUUAAAACAAUUCUCUAGGGUUUACUUGGCUUUGUUUUAAAUCCAUAAAAUAGGCCUGGGGUUUGCUAGUUGCGGACCGUAACACCUGUGAUUAUACCGUACAGGCGAAGUGCUUUUCUACUAUGUGCAACCUUUAAGCCUCGGGAAGCAAAGCUAGCAAAGCUCAUCUGAAUUCUGCCAGCAGAGCCAAUCUAUCUAAGUGUGAAAGGAUGGAGACAGGGCAUCCUCCAAAGUGCUGGAAUCAUUUCAAUGGGAAACAUUUCUUUUCCCAAGGACGGCUCUGGGCCCUGGCCAAGUGUACAUGAAAAACAUAGAAUGAGCCGUGAUGUAAAUGGAUCGUGACAAUUAUGCAAUAAGAACAUUGAUCCAUUCUGUCUUUUGUUUACAGAAUUGUUUGUCAACAUCCAAAAUCUGCCCAAAUUUGGCAAUGAUGCAAAACAAUUGCAAAGGCAAAAC